GCAGCCAAAAUAGAUUUCGUCACGAUUCCAGACAAGCCGCAAUAACAAGUUUGUGUCAGAUUUCGGUUAAAGCCGUUAAAGCUGAUUAAAAACAUUUAACAGCCAUGGAAGAUCAUUGCGACUCUCAGAUAAAAAUGGAUUUAAAAGUUAGUCUCAAGGACAGCAUAAUAAAAGAAGCUCUGAAUUCGGGUGUAGAUUUGAGACAGUAUUCACAACAAGUAGAACAACAAUUACAAGAGGUUGAACUAGUGUCUGUGCAAGAUUAUGUCAAUCAGGGAACAUCAUUAGCACAGCUUCAUUCACAGUUCACCCAAUGUGAUGUCGCUCUUGAAAGAAUGGAAGGGCUUCUAAGUACCUUCAGAUCUCAACUAGGUGGUUUAAGCAGUGAUAUUUUACAACUCCAGCACCAAUCAGCUCAGUUGGGAUUACGUUUGUCUAAUCGACAGGCAGCUAGAUCCUUGGCAGGACAAAUAAUUGAUGAUUUGGUAAUUCCUGAAGCCCUGAUAAGACAUCUACUUGAAACUCCAGUGACAGAGCCUUCGUUCUCUGAACAGUUGAUAAUACUUCAAGCAAAGUUGGCUUUGAGUGGUGAUCACCAUCAGAGGUGCAGUAGAGCUGCUCAAGAUGUGGUUCCUGUCCUAGGUGCAUUAAGGAUUAAGGUGGUUGAAAGACUUAGGCAGUUUCUGCUUUUGAAACUACAACAACUUAGAAGGCCACUUGCUAAUUAUCAACUACCACAGAAUUCUCUUCUAAAACACAAGAAUUUUUACCACUUUCUCAUAACCCAAGAGCCUGAAAUAGCUUAUGAAGUGAGGCAAGACUAUGUGCAGACAAUGUCAAAGCUAUAUUUCUCUUAUUUUAAGAGCUACUCCACGCGAUUACUGAAACUUGUGGAUUCAAAUAGUGUUAAUAAAGAUGAUGUUCUUGCUUCCGAAGAUGCAUCGUUAGGAGCGGCUGCUGCUGCCGCCGCAAGGUCCUUGUUUGGAAGAGCCGCUCCUAGUGGGCGUAGUUCUAGCAGUAAAUCUACGGUUUUCACCUUAGGAACUCGAAUUGAAGUUGUUACAAACUUAGAAGCCCCUGUUCUAGUUCCUCACGCAGCUGCCACUGGUACCAGCGCUGGCCAUAAAGGUGAAACGAAAUAUUCGUAUGAAAUCGUUUUCCGAUCUCAACACUACGCAUUGGCCGAUAAUGCUUGCCGCGAGUAUUUGUUCCUCUGUGAAUUUUUCCACGUUGAAAGAGCCCCUGCCAUGGAGCUAUUUCAAGAAGUAAUGGGGAAGACCUGCACUAUUUAUAUGAAAUUUGUGGAAGAAUAUGUCUCGUCUUGUUAUGACUCACUUGCCCUUUUUCUUUGCAUCCAAAUGGUCCAACGUUUGCAAUAUCUUUGCCACAAGAGAGCCGUUCCAGCUUUAGAUUUUUAUUACGAAUCUCUCGUCUCAACAUUAUGGCCUAGAUUUGAAUAUUUGGUACAAGCAAAUAUUCAGAGUGUCCGUGACUGCGAUCCAUCUAGACUUUAUUCAAACAUUGAUACGCGACCACACUAUGUAGUGCGCCGAUACGCCGAGUAUACUUCAGCCAUUUCUGCGAUUCACGAGCAUAACAGUAUAACUUCAGCCAUGGACUGGACUCCACGCCUACACCAUUUACUUUCGACCAUGCAAGAGGAGGUUGAAGGCUUCACAUUGCGCCUUGCUGCAGCCUUUACUAAACGAAAGGAUCAAUUAGUAGCCCUAAUCAACAACUACGACCUGAUGCUGAGUGUGAUGACCGAGCGCAACCGAGAAGAAAGUCGUGAAGCCGCUCGGUGUAAGGAAUUGCUGUCUGCUAGAAUUUCGGAAUUUGUCGAAGAAAUUCUUUUUUUCCAUUUUGAGGGACUUGUCCGAUUCGUCAAAGACUGCGAAGUCAUGCUUACUCGAGGGCUUAACGAAGCGUUGCGGAACGAAGAACGUCGGGCCACGCAAACCAUAAACGCUUUCAUGGCUGGAUGGAAGAAAUCUUUGGACGAGAUUAACAAAGAAAUCUUAAAUCUGUUUCCGAAUUUCAAAAACGGAACCAACAUUCUACAAGCGACGUUGACUCAACUCGUCGAAUACUACCACCGUUUCCAAAAAAUCCUAACCCAACAUCCAUUCCGCAACGUUCCUGCUCGUGCUGAUUUGAUUAACAUUCAUCAAUUAAUGGUAGAAGUCAGAAGGUACAAGCCAGCUUUCUAAAUUUUAAAGAUUUGAAGCCUGAUUUGUUGAAUACAUGUAUUAAUAUUAGUUAAAAUGGGAAUGACUCGUGAAUAUUGAUCGCUGACUAGUUUAAAGGGAAUUCAUUAUAUUUCACAAAAAACGUUCGUUAUUUUAAUGUUAUCGAUUUUAGAAUUAAAGCUUGAAUGGUUCUGAGUAAUUUAGAACUUUCUUAAAGUUAAUGAGACAGAAAGUGUGCUCUUGAAAUGCCAGCAGUAGAGUGCACGUUAAUAAACGUCACCAAAAACCGAACAGCAAUCCUUAUCAGGCGUACGUAUAGAUAAAAUUCGUGCUUUGUAUACCGUGGGAGAAACGGGACGUGCAGUUUGGUCCUGGACUCCUGGUACCGGUAGAGUUUAAGUUAAAUUCUUUAAAGUCACUAGUUUUAGUACAUAAAUUCUCAUAAUCAGCCGAGGAACCGCAAAUUACUAAAAGAUGGGGUGUUGAUUCAGUGCUUCAGUUGUGCUAAAUAGAAUACAAACUUAUGUUAUACUUUUAACUUUAAAGAAAAAUUAGUUCUUGCAAAUCCACUUGGAGCGUAUGCAGCAUGAUAACGAUGAUAACAUGUCUUAUGUAAACAUUUAGUACGCAUUCAGACGAGAUACUCUCCGUCGUAGGGUACUUCAAAUCGGUUGGCUCAACUCAGUGGUUAGAUUCUUUUUCUUAGAAAAAUUGUUUAUUCUUUAUGAAUAACGAAAACAUUUUCAGUUUGAAAAUGGUUUUAACUUCCUCGAAAUUUUUCAAAUCCCGUAGCCUAUAUAUAUUUUUAUUUAUCGCCACCAUCUUCUUUACAACAAUCUAUUUCACAAAUCCUGUAAAAAUCUCUGCGCCUGCUGUUGGACAACUGUACACGUCAGCUAUCGCCGAAAAGAAGCCUGCUGAAAAGAAGCCUGUCGAUACGGAAUCACACGACAAGUCAAUAUUCGACAAUUUCGAUAAUGUGACAGGUGCCGAGCACUUUAUUGUACCCAACAUUAUACACUUCAUCCGCUUCCAAACAUUCGAGUUGAAUUUUGUCGAUUACAUGGUGCUGCUAGCUGCCAUGCGCAAUCACAAACCGGAUCAGUUUUUCUUUCACACCGAUGUGGAGGAUGUUCAAUUCACAGGGAAGUACUGGGGCUUGGUUAAACAGGACGAGGAUCUAUGGUCACGGAUUAAAGUGUUCUUUCUUGAAGCUCCCGCUGAAAUCUUCGGUCAAAAAUUGAAUGAAGGAUGGCGCUUUUACCACGGAAGUGAUAUUGGCCGAAUACAUGUUUUAAUGAAAUAUGGAGGAAUCUAUGUUGACAACGAUGCUUACGUAAUUCGUUCCUUGGAUAAGUAUCGCAAAUUUGAGUUUGUUAUAAACUGGGAUGAAAAUCAGUUCAUGGGAACUCAAGUUAUCAUCGCACACAAGGACGCCCGUUUUCUCCCACUUUGGCUCGACUCUUAUAGGGAUUACCGAUCGGACAAGUGGUACUACAACGCUGGAGAACGACCCACUACUGAAAUCCUGCAUCGAAAACCAGAAUUAAUUCAUCGAGUAAAGGGCGAUUUUGGAGCUGCAGUUAAUGUUUCAAUGCAAAUUUAUUACAACCCAAAGUUUGACUGGCGCAGUUACGAUGCUCUUCACUUGCUUACGAGCCAUCGCUAUUACCUGGAUCUACAUUUUAACAAGACGCCCGUCUUCGACGAAAACAACAUACGUGAAUACGAGUACCCCAUUGGAGACAUGGCUCGCGAAGUUCUCGACAAAUUUACUGGAAUUAUUGACUGAUGAUGAAACCAUAUUUAACAAUCUCAAACUCAAAGAAUACGAAUACACUUGACUGAAUUACAAA